GCUACCAUUUUAGCUAUUUACUCGUGACGUCACAAGUGAAUUUUUAUACUAUACUAUGUAUCUCCUUAUGCAACUUGAUUUACGGCGUAUAGAUUCUAGAUCUAGAUCUAAAAAUAAGUCUAGUAGUACUAACUUUCAAAUUAAAUUUUAUCUUAAAUAAGCCAAACAAAGAUUUAUAUAAAAUAAUUAAGGCCUGAAAUAGAUUCUAGAUGUAGAAUUUACAUUAAGUCUAGAUCUAGAAUUUACAUAGAAACCUAGUGACCUACAUCUAGGCUAGAUCUAGAUCUAGGCUAGAUUCAUAAAUUUCCUUCGAUAGCUGAUCUUUAGAUCUAGAGAAAUUUAUUGUAAAACUAAAUGAAAAAGACAGUUGAACAUUGAUAUAAGUGUUGGAACGUAAUAAAUACAGAAAACGGACGUAUUGUUAAAGUUAUGACCGACAGAAAAUUAGAUUUAGAACGCGUUAAACUUGUGAAUGGGAACACAAUUUUCUUCGAUAGACGCCGCCAUUUUAUUGUACUAAAGAGUAAACAAAAACCUGUGACGUCACGGUCCCGCCGAGUCUAGUGGCUUUUCAAAUAUUUUUAAAAAAAAUGGGUUAAUCUGCAUAUGAAUAAAUCAAUUAAUUAAUUAACGUCUUUAAAUAAAUUUGUGAUCAACAGUCUGUCUGCAUUAAAAAAUUAUUCUCUACCUGCAUACCAUUUUACAGCUUUCCAGAUAGAGUCGAACAUAUCACAAUUUUCGAUCAGGCAAACAAAUAAAUAUUCAAACAUAUCUAGGGAUCUAAGACUUCACAGCAACAAUGAAAAAAUCAUCGAGAAAAGAACAAUCUGCAGGAGAUGAAAUAAAUGGAGCAACAAUUUUAGUCAAAGCACUGCAACAACAGGGAGUGGAGUACAUGUUUGGAAUUGUUGGGGUACCUGUCAUUGAAAUAGGUAUAGCAGCCCAGAGUGUUGGAAUCAAAUUUGUUGCAAUGAGGAAUGAACAGGCGGCUUCAUAUGCUGCAUCUGCUAUAGGAUAUCUAACCAAAAAACCUGCAGUUUGUCUAGUAGUUUCGGGGCCCGGACUAGUUCAUGCUCUCGCUGGAAUGUCUAAUGCAAUGGAAAACUGCUGGCCUCUCAUAGUAGUUGGAGGCUCAUGUGACACUUACCAAGAAUCAAUGGGAGGAUUUCAAGAAUACCCUCAGGUACAGACUGCUAGUCACUUUACAAAAUUCUCAGCUAGACCAAGCAGUCUCAAUCAAAUCCCUUAUUUUGUUGAAAAGGCUGUUCGUGAGAGCACAUAUGGACGACCCGGGGCCUGUUACCUUGACCUCCCAGCCGAUUUAAUUGGCGGAAAGACGGAAGAAAAUAGCAUCAGGUUCCUACCUGCCUGUCCACCCCCACCCCUUGUGUACGCUGACCCUAAGAAGAUCAGAGAGGCAGUAGAGCUGAUCACACAAGCUGACAAACCACUGGUUGUUGUUGGGAAAGGUGCUGCCUAUGCACAAGCCGAGGUGAACAUCUCUAAACUGGUCAACAUGACACGGCUACCUUUCCUACCUACACCAAUGGGGAAAGGUGUUUUACCUGACAACAGUGACCUGUGUGUCUCCGCUGCUCGCUCAAAAGCCCUCCAGGAAGCUGAUGUGAUUCUAUUGCUUGGUGCACGCUUGAACUGGAUGCUGCACUUUGGUGCACCUCCUCGCUUUAACUCUAAAGUGAAAAUAAUUCAGGUUGACAUUUGCAUGGAGGAGCUAGGCAAUAACGUGAGGCAAGGUGUAGCUUUGAUGGGAGACAUAAACUCCGUCACAAAGCAGUUGCUAGAGGAGUUCCAGCACCACCACAGGGACUACCAGUUUGCUGAGAAGUCUGCGUGGUGGACAACACUCAGACAAAAAAUUCAGGACAACUUCAUUAAUGUACAGGAUAUGUCCAAGGACUCCAGUGUGCCACUAAAUUACUAUGCAGCUUUUUCCGAGGUACAGAGAGCCAUCCCAGCAGACAGUCUUAUAGUGAACGAAGGGUCAAACACAAUGGACAUUGGCAGGACCAUGUUGCCCAACCUUUAUCCCAGACACAGGCUCGAUGCAGGCACGUUUGGUACCAUGGGUGUUGGAGUUGGGUUUGCCUUAGCAGCAGCUGUCUACUGCAGAGAUCACCAGCCACACAAGAGAGUGGUGUGUGUGGAGGGGGACAGUGCUUUUGGCUUCUCUAGCAUGGAGGUGGAGACAAUAGCCAGGUACCAGCUACCUGUGAUAAUAGUGAUCUUCAACAACAAUGGUAUUUCAUUUGGUAUUAAAGAGGAAAUGUGGGAUGCAGCUGAAAAAUCUGGAGACCUUUUAUUGAACAUUCCACCCACAUCCCUCCAGCCAAACACCAGGUAUGAGAAAAUUAUUGAAGCAUUUGGUGGCAAAGGGUACUUCGUACGCACCAAGGAAGAGCUGAAGAACAGCAUGGAGGCUGCUGUCCAGGACACCAAGAGGCCCUCUGUUAUAAAUGUCAUGAUAGAUCCGAUGGCUCAGAGAAAAACACAGGAAUUUUUCUGGUUGACCAAGUCAAAUUUAUAAAAUGUUCACAGUAAUCACAGAAGUGCAAUCUUUUGUAAUGUUGAUGUACAUUUUUUUGACCAACAUUCAGAAAACGUGUUAUUUUGACUGUUAUAGUUAAUUUGUAUGCUAUGUUUAUCAGAAAGAUGUUUUAUACUUUUUAUAUAAAUGGUACACUGAGUUAUUUUUAAACUGGUAGUAAAUCAUUCAUCUGGUAUAUUUUAUUUUGGUAUUUCUUUUUUAACUAUCUAUUAUUUGUUGGGGGGUUUCUUCUUAGUUCUUAAUUUUAAGUGUUUGAAGGGAUCGAGCCUUAUUUGCCAGAGGGUUUAAACUCGAGACUUUUUGAAUUUAUCAACCAUGAGCUUUUUUUGCCGACUAGACCAUGCCUCCACCACAAUUAAGGAUACGUGUCAACUGGUUAUGCGCCAUUGACUUCGAUUUCAGCCUGCUUUUUCUUUUUGGAUUUGCUUCCAUAGCCUUUGUCCAACCAAGGCAGCAGUUGUUUGAUUUCGGAGUUGUCUCUUCUAGUAGAGUGGCUGUCCCCAGCUAACGAGCCUCAUCUGCCCGAGGGUUCGAACUCGAGUUUUCGGUUGGGGGUUGUAUGUAGGCAUGAUCUAAAGAGUUCUUCCAUUCUGGUCAAUCUUCCACCAAAGCUAUUAUAUUGUUUUUACUAAAGAGUGAUUGCUCAUAUGCUGGGAAUCCUGAAAUAAUUCUUAGGGGAUUCAUUCAGGAAUCUUUUUACCAUACUGACUUUAUUGAUCUAUAAAAAUAUGCAGAUAUUUACUUCUUCCUACAACUAAAUGAAUUUGUUUCAAUUGUAUAAUAGAUUUUAAAUAAAUAUUGUUGCUUUAAAAAAUAAAUUACAAAUUGUAAAAAUAGAAGAUGUGGUUGUAGAUGAAGAUGUGGUUGUUUGAAAUGUUUUUUUAAAAUGUUGAAAUGAAGACCUACUACAUUUGUUAUAUUUGGGAUUUGUUUAAAUAAAAAGCAAUUUUAACACA